CCUGACAUCGCCGCUUUAAAACUCUUUGAAAUUCGCAGUCACUUGCAGUUUGACAGCAGAACCCCAUUAAACUCAUUUAAUAAUUUAGGAUUAUUAAACAUGGAGACGGUUCCCAUACACACACGUCAAUCUAGAAGCGACAAGAGGGAAACGAUAGCAGUGGUGGGAGGCGGUUUGGUUGGAUCUUUGAACGUCUGCUUCUUCGCAAAACGAGGUUUUGAUGUUACACUGUAUGAAUCUCGAGAAGAUAUUCGUCAAGCCAAAGUUGUGAGGGGUCGAAGCAUAAACUUGGCCCUGUCCCACAGGGGGCGCCAAGCCUUAAAGCAUGUGGGAAUAGAAGAUAAGAUAGUCUCCAAAGGCAUUCCAAUGCACGCUCGUAUGAUCCACAAUGUGAACGGAAAGCGUUCCUCCAUACCCUACGGCAAGAAAGGACAGUACAUUCUGUCUGUAGACAGAGCAAACCUCAACAAAGAGCUGCUGACAGCGGCAGAGGCGUAUCCAAACACUACAUUGAACUUCAAUCACAAACUGCACGACUGGAGUCCAGAGAAAGGAACAAUGACCUUUUUUGGACCCGACGGCCAGAAAAAGGAGACCCAGGCAGAUCUGAUGGUGGGAUGCGAUGGUGCUUUCUCCGCUGUCAGAAAGCAGUUCCUGCGACAAAGCCGCUUCAAUUAUAGUCAGACGUAUAUUCCUCAUGGCUACAUGGAGCUCACCAUGCCCCCCAAAGAUGGAGAUUUUGCGAUGGAGCCCAAUUAUUUGCACAUUUGGCCCAGAAACACUUUCAUGAUGAUCGCCCUGCCCAACUUGGACAAGACGUUCACGUGCACCCUCUUCAUGCCCUUUGAGGAGUUUGACAAGAUUCGUUCCGGUGAUGAGGUCAUUCGGUUUUUCCAGAUAUACUUCCCUGACUCAGUUCCUCUAAUAGGCGUUGAGGCUCUGAAGAGGGAUUUCUUCAGACUGCCGGCUCAGGCUAUGGUCUCAGUGAAAUGUACCCCGUAUCAUCUGCUUGAUAAAUGUGUCCUGAUGGGAGAUGCCGCUCACGCCGUGGUUCCGUUCUAUGGUCAAGGCAUGAAUGCAGGCUUUGAGGAUUGUUUAGUAUUUGAUGAAAUUAUGGACCAACUAAAUGAAAACUUUGCCGCUGUUCUCCAGGAAUACACAAGAGUCCGUGUACCUGAUGAUCAUGCUAUCUGUGACCUUGCCAUGUACAACUAUAUUGAGAUGAGAGCGCACGUAAACUCCAAAUAUUUCUUGUUCCGGAAGUACCUGGACAAUGUUCUUCACUUCAUCAUGCCGAAAACAAUCAUUCCUCUUUACACAAUGGUCACAUUCACCAGGACACGAUACCAUGAAGCUGUAAAGCGCUGGCAUUGGCAGAAUAAGGUGAUCACUCGAGGUCUGUGGCUGUGUGCGAUUGCGUCCACUGCAGGCGGGACGUUUCUCUUGAUCAGAUACUCUAAAAAACUCCCCAGCAUCACCGCAGAGCAGCUGUGGACGCGUUUACUUGCUUUAAAGGAAUUCUAGGAGGAUCACAACGCACAGGAAACCAAUGAUGAGCCAAUUUACUUUGAUACAGGACAAAAAAAGAUCAAAUUUAAAGUCUUUAAUAGAAUAUAUAAAUACUAAUUAAGCUCUAUCAACAGCAUUUGUGGCAUACACUUAAAAAUAAAAGGUGCCUAAAAGGUUCUUCAAAGUGAUGCCAUAGAAGAACCAUUUUUGGUUCCUCAAGAACCAAUGGUUCCUUGAAGAACUAUCUUUUUAUAUCUUUUUACAAUCUCAAGAACCUUUUUCUCUACAAAGAACUUUUUGUGAAUCAGAAAUGUUUUUCAGAUGUAAAAGGUUCUUUAUGGAACCAUUCAGCUGAAAAUGGUUCUUCUAUGGCAUCAUGAAGCAUCUUAAUUUUGAAGAAUAUAAUGUUGGUUAUCACAGACAAAGGGUUUUAAAAGCAGAAAGGUAAUUAAGAUUUUU